AAACAAAUGUAGGUUGUAAUCACGUGGGCAUCCUCCAUCGAUCCUUACCUUACCUCGUAGUGUGCUCCAAUCUCCAUGCAUGGCUAUGGCCGCAUAACACCACCACCAUCCGUUUCAUCCUUCAGUUUUCCCAAAUUCUCUUGUGUUUCAGGUUCAUCGUCCAAUGCUUUCUCUUUCAAACAUCCUAUAAAUGGGACUUGUUCCAUCUUUCCACCCAAAAAAACCAUCCAAUCUCCUCCACCUAACCGCUGUAGAAACAAAUGUUACGAUCAGCAUCCCCCCUCAAUCCGGAAUCCCAUCCUAAGCCUCGGCCACCACGCGACCCAGAUAUGGAAGGUUCCUCCCUCACCGACGAUCCUCAGAUACGUCAGGCGCUCUACAUAGCCAUGGCCCACGCCGGCGUCGCCUUCGCCCUUCUCCUUCUCUACGGUGUAAGUAAAAUCCUCGAAUAUUAUCUCCGAGCAUUGCUUUGGGCUGUUAUCUGUUCAAUCCCUCUUCGAGGAAUUCAACAAACCUUAGUUUCAUUUUGGACCAAACCCUUGGAGUCAGGAAUACCAGAUACAAUUAUGGCCGUACCAAAAUCCAUGUUCAGAGCUUUCAUUGGAACCAUCGUUGAAAUCAAAGAUCUUUUCUAUAAAAUAAUCGGUCGUCACAAGAGGAGCUUCAAUCCUCCGAAGAGUAAACGAAGUGGGUUUUCGAUUGUGUUCAGACGAUUGGUGUCUUUAUGGGUUUUCGUUAUGGCUUACGAACAAUUUGGUGGACUUGGCGCUACAUCUCUGUUAGUAUUAGGGUUUAUGUUUACGGCCAAUUACAAUGUCGAAUGCAUGUCUGUUGUUUCGUCUUUCAAAAGCUAUAGCUUCAAACGAACACCUCGCACAUCGUUUCUAACAAGAGGAAUCUUGAAGAAAUUACAAACCAUCGUAGCAAUCGGAUUGAUAUUGGGAAUGAUCGUUGGUUCUCUAGUUGCAGCGAUGUUUUUCUCAUAUAAAAUCGGAGUUGAAGGGAGAGACGCGGUUUAUUCGAUCAAACUACGCGUUGAAGAAAGCGAUUACGCAGAGAAAAUUGGCGUCAAACAAUGGAUGGCUGAAAACGAUGUUAGAGAGAUGUUAGCAAAGUACACAACCCAGUUUUAUGGAACAGUUUACGAACAGAUUGAUAGUUUAGCAGCAGAAUACAACAUGACAGAAAUUGUCGAUGAAAUGAAAAACGUAAUGGCAGAAAAAUCGACAAAUUCUAAUGUAACUUCAACUGCACUAACAACACCAAAUCCAUUUGCAGAAAAGAUUCUAAACUUGAGAAGACACGUCAAAAAUGGCGAAUGGGCUGAAAUUUAUCCAGAAGUCAAUGCUCUCUUCAAAGAAGUACAAAUCAGCAGAGAAGAUAUUAUCGAAAAAGCAAAAGAAAUUGCUUUUCAAGGGAAAGACAUUCUACAAAGAGUUUUAGCCAGUGGUCAAUCGAUUUUGGGAGGCAGCACUAAGCUUUUGUUCGUGGUUAUCGAGUCGAUCGUAACCGGAGCAGCCGGUCUUUUUUGUUUUCUUUCACAAUCGAUGGUUUUCAUCUGGGUUUUAUACGCUCUCAUAACAUCGGAUUCGAAAGGUGUAACUGAGCAUGUUAUGUUAAUGUUUCCGAUCCCAAAGAACGCAAGAACACGAUGUGUUGAAGUGUUGGACAAAGCAAUUUCCGGCAUACUUUUAGCGACGGCGGAGAUUGCUUUCUUUCAGGGGUGUUUUACUUGUCUUUUGCUUAGACUUUUCAACAUUCAUUUCUUGUAUGUGUCGACUUUACUUGCAGUCGUGAGCCCUAUCUUCCCGUUGCUUCCAUAUUGUUUGGCGACAAUUCCGGCGAUUAUACAGUUGGUGAUGGAAGGGAAAUACGUAGUGGCGAUUUUUUUGCCUAUUAUUCAUGUUGUGAUGAUUGAUAAUGGUGAUAGUGAAAUUCUAGAGCAUAUACCUGGUCAUAAUCCGUAUCUUACUGGGCUUAGCAUCUUCGGAGGUGCUGCUAUUUUUCCAUCUGCGGUGGAGGGAGCGAUAGUGGGGCCACUGAUAACGACGGUUGUGAUUGCUCUCAAGGAUUUGUAUGUAGAAUUUGUUUUGGGUGAACGAAAGGGAAUCAAAACAGCGUAGGAGGAAGAAGCAGUGAAGUCUUUUGAUAUUAUACGAAGCUGUGCAUGAAUAACGUUUUUGAGAAUGAUGAUUAAUCAUGGAAGCUACCAAUUCAAGAGGGAAUGUGAGUUGGGUGGUGUGAAGUUGAUUUUUGUUAUUACUGUUACAGUUUGCAGGCUUGGUUUUUUUUGGAAGGACUAGUGUAUGUAUUUGUAAUUAUGCAUUUAUUUAUGUUUUCAUGUUUGUCAUUUUAGAUUUUUAGGGAAAACAAGAUGUAACAUUUGUUAAAAAAUCAUUAUUUAAGAUUAUGUUAUACUAUGAGCAGGUCAAAUAAGGACAUGAAAACCAUCAAACAGACCAAGG